UUUUUUGUUUAGAAAAGGAUAAAGAUUUGCGGUGAUCUUCAAGACGAUAAUAACUCUGAUAUCUACAAGAAUACAUAUUCCACAGUCCCGAAAGUAAUUUUACGAUCAGACGUAGUUAUGCAAUAUAUAUAGUUCCAGCUCUGAACAAAAAACUGGUUUCGAAAGCAGCUAGUCCAGUGUUAAUCCGAGCCUCGAACUCGGAUAUUCAGAAUCUGCAAAAUGAAUUCCGUUAAAAUAGGCGCUAUACCGAUUUCGUCGUUGAUCAUAAAUCGUAUUGUCUUUCCCAAAAACUCGAAAGAAAUUGCAAAGGAUUAAUCAAAUCCUUCAUCAAUUAUCCUGUUCCGUUUAUCGCGUUGAUUUUUAGAGCUCGGCCACAAAAAAUGACUACUUUAUGAAUUAAAAAAAAAUCGUCGCCGUUCCUGUAGAUCCAAUUUCGUACAAUCUCUAGAUUUUUAUGUAUAAAAUAUAGAUCAUAACGCGGCAAAAGGACGAGAAAUCUUCGUAUUUUUAUAACUCCUGAUACGCAUGCGUAAAGCGGGGGAUCGCGCGCCAAAACAGCAACUGUUUACCCGAACCGAACGUUCCACGUUUCUGCGUUGUUGGUGGUUAUUGGUAAAUAACGUUCUUGAUAAUCCCACCUGACAUUAUCCACAUACAUUUAAAUCAGUUUAAAUAUAUAUGCUUUAUAUGAAUUUUCUGUGGAGGAUUCACGAUGGCCCAUCACGCAGCUGAUAUGCAAACGUUUAAUCAGGAGUUUGUAAAAUAUACCUGAAACAUAAUACAAGUAUUCUUUUGCUACACAAUCCCAAUAUUGAAGGUUUAGAAGAGAUGAAGUUAAAACGAUCCCAACUUCAAUCUCUGAUACAAUCCCAGGAAGAAGAGAAGAACAAUUUACAAAUCGAAAUCGAGAAGAUGUCGCAUCAACUUACAUACCUGAACGAUAGCUUAACAAAAAAAAUCGCGAUCAGAAACGAAUUCGAUAGAGCUAUUACUGAAACUGAAACAGCAUUUAUAAAGAUUCUAGAGAGUUCCGAAAUAUUGCUUAACAUGCUCAAAAAAGAAUCUGUGAGUUUGGAUCAAACUUUAGGAUCAAACAAUAAUGAUAACAAUAAACAGUACCGAUAAUAAAAUAUAAAAUAGAACUUAAUAAAAAAAUUAUG